GGAGGUGGCCCCACGCUAUACGUAUCGCGCUGACCCUUACGUGACUCUCUCGCGAGAAUUCGAAGUACCGCGCCUGCGCACUGCAGUAGCGCCUAGUGCCGGUGGCAGUUUGCCCGCGGGUGUGUGAAGAGAGACAGUCAGUGUGGAGGCCACAGGGUACUCGCCAGGAUGAGCAGCACCUUAGCUAAGAUCGCGGAGAUAGAAGCUGAGAUGGCUCGGACUCAAAAGAACAAGGCCACAGCACACCACCUAGGGCUGCUUAAGGCUCGUCUUGCUAAGCUUCGUCGAGAACUCAUUACUCCAAAGGGUGGUGGUGGUGGAGGUCCAGGAGAAGGUUUUGAUGUGGCCAAGACAGGUGAUGCUCGAAUUGGAUUUGUUGGUUUUCCAUCUGUGGGGAAGUCAACAUUGCUUAGUAACCUGGCAGGGGUGUAUUCUGAGGUAGCAGCCUAUGAAUUCACUACUCUGACCACUGUGCCUGGUGUCAUCAGAUACAAAGGUGCCAAGAUCCAGCUCCUGGAUCUCCCAGGUAUCAUUGAAGGUGCCAAGGAUGGGAAAGGUAGAGGUCGUCAAGUCAUUGCAGUGGCCCGAACCUGUAACUUGAUCCUGAUUGUUUUGGAUGUCCUGAAACCCUUGGGACAUAAGAAGAUAAUUGAAAAUGAACUGGAAGGCUUUGGCAUUCGCUUGAACAGCAAACCCCCCAACAUUGGCUUUAAGAAGAAGGACAAGGGAGGCAUUAAUCUCACAGCUACUUGCCCCCAGAGUGAGCUGGAUGCUGAAACUGUGAAAAGCAUUCUGGCCGAAUACAAGAUUCAUAAUGCUGAUGUGACUCUACGUAGUGAUGCUACAGCUGAUGACCUCAUUGAUGUGGUGGAAGGAAACAGAGUUUAUAUCCCCUGUAUCUAUGUGUUAAAUAAGAUUGACCAAAUCUCCAUUGAGGAAUUGGAUAUCAUCUAUAAGGUGCCUCACUGUGUACCCAUCUCUGCCCAUCACCGUUGGAAUUUUGAUGACCUAUUGGAAAAGAUCUGGGACUAUCUGAAACUAGUGAGAAUUUACACCAAACCCAAAGGCCAGUUACCAGAUUACACAUCCCCAGUGGUGCUUCCUUACUCCAGGACCACAGUGGAGGAUUUCUGCAUGAAGAUUCACAAAAAUCUUAUCAAAGAAUUUAAAUAGCAAACAACCCUACAUCUUUGAUGGCAGGAGACAAGACGUGAUUUAUGAACAGAAAAGCUCCUUCCAGAUCCUGCUGCCUUCAAGGUGACUGGUGCAAAGACCCACAUGGGGUUCUGAAGCACACAGCAAAGUUUUUUUUCCUUCUCUUAUCAGCUCUGAAUAGUUGAUAAAUAUCUGUGGGGAAUGAACCUUUUUUUUUUUCUUCUUUUUUUUUUAAGACAGGGACUAACUAGGGAGUGCAGUGGUAUGAUCUUGGCUCACUGCAAACUCCACCUUCUGGACUCAAAAUGAUCUCCCACUUCAGCCUCCAGCGUAUAGCUCAGACCACAGAUGUGCACUACCAUGCCCGACUGCAAUUUUUUUGUAUUACUAAUUUUUGUAUUAGACAGGAUUUCACUACGUUGCUCAGUCUGGUCUAGAACUCCUGAACUCAAGCAAUCCACCUACCUUGGCCUCUCAAAAGGCCUGGGAUUAUAGGUGUGAGCCACCACAUCCAGCUAGAAUGAAACUUUUUUUUUUUUAGACAAAUUCUUGUUCUGUCACGUAGGCUGGAGUUCACUGGCUUGAUCUGAACUCACUGCAACCCCUGCCUCCUGGGUUCUGGGUUCAAAUGAUUCUCCUGCCUCAGCAUCCCAGGUAGCUGGGACUACAGGUGCCUGCCACCAUGGCCAGCUAAUUUUUGUAUUUUUAGUAGAGAUGGGGUUUCACCACAUUGGCCAGGCUGAUCUCAAACUCCUGACCUUGUGAUCUGCCUGCCUCAGCCUCCCAAAGUGCUGGGAAUAUAGGCGUGAGCCAUUGAGCCUGGCCAAAUGAAACAUUUUUAAAAGUAAUGAUAGUUAUAAAACUAGAUUUGUCACUGUAUAGAAGCAAACCCCUCUGUUUCAGCCUUAGUUCAUAUUACUGAACUCCCCCACUGCAAGUUUCACUGGACUCCCCACUGUCUGACCCAGCCACCCCGUCCACUUCAUUUCCUGUCUCCCCACACCAGUUUCAUUUCUUUGAACGUACUAUAUAACCUCGUGUGCCCUGGCCCAUAAUCAUCUCUGCUGGAAUGUAUUUUCCCCAAUAUAAGGGCUUCACUAAAAUCCUAAAACUUAGACCGUGUCCUAAAAGGGAAAGACCUAAUAGGUAUGAAAGGCUACUAGGUCAGUUAUUCCUUUGGAAGGAACUCAAGGACAUUUAGGGCACACAGUGGUACAACACAUGUAGAAUCCAACAAGAAGAAGCCUUAAAGUCCUUCAUAGUCACUGAAGGUCACUGACCAUGCUUGUGAUGGAGGCAGCAGGGGCGGGGGAAGAGGAAUUCCCUCGAUGCACUGGUGCUGGUGACUUGGUCACUCGCUGUUGCCUGUGAACAAACCAAUUAUCAGCAUGAACCCCAGUGUGCUUAACUUCAAAUCUGCUAAACCUAUAUAAUACUCAAGACCAGCCUAGGAAUUUUAACAUCCCCUUUCCCUUAUCCAAUUCAAUUUCCCAAGCAUUUAGGCCCAACAUAUGCAGAAGCACAUGCUAAGGUCUGAGGGAAGACAAAAGCAAAAUGAAACAUGGUCCAGUCUUGUAAGAGCUCUCAGUCUAGUGGGGGAAGACAGUCACAUAGAGCAAACCAAGGCAUGUAGAUAUUAGGUACCAAUAAAGUACAAUGGGAAAAUGGAGGGGUUAGAAGGAGUGACAGGGCACUGCAGGGAUGCUGCUUGGGGAAGAAACUGCAUUAAACUGGGUGUGAUCAACAGAAAGCUGAAGAUGGAGAACAACAGUUCAGGCAGAACAGGUACAAGAACUUGGGAGGGGCUUGGGAGUUGUAGGGUUAUCCAGAGCUGGUGUAUAGUUUACUGUAGACUACACCAGUGAGGUACACUAGGGAGGGCCUUCACUCUUGGGUUGGCUGUGCUUCACUGGGCAGGGAGCAGCAAUAAUUAGCACAGUGCCUGGCAUAGAACUGAUGCUCUGUAUGACACUCGUUCAAAUCAAAUAUAGAACCAAAAGUUUCAGCUAUUUUAGGACUACUCUUGGUCUACAGAAGAUUGAUCUCAGGCCUCAAAGGUCAAGACCCAAAUAUAGUCAUUGACUUGAUCUGAAUCACAGAGAGAUGGAAAACCGAAAUUCAUGGCUUCUUUCUAGUUAGUACCCCACUGCUGCCAUACUGUGACUGUGAGAAUGACAACAUGGGCAGACAGAUCAGUACUGUUCUGAGUGACUAAAUGAUGAACCCCAAACUUGGGGGUACCACAUGACCUUUCAUUUUAGUAAACAUAUUUAAGCACCUGCUACAGACAUUGUUCCAGGUUCUUGGGAUACAGCAGUGAACAAAAGAAAAAAAAUCUCUGGCCUCAUAGAGGUUACAUUCUUGGGGCUGCAGGAUGGAGUGGGGUUACUACGGGCAGGGAGACAAAAAACAAAUAGCAUGCUAGACAGUGAUGAUACAAUUAAAACAAGCAAGGUAAGGGGAAAGGCAUGUUUGUUUGAGGGACACAACUAUACACAGGGAGAAACUGAGAGGCUGACAUUGAUCCAAAACAUGAAGGGUAGACUGACACUGACUUGCAUCUACUUGUUAGUUUUGAGUAAGCCACGUUUUAAAAACCUGAGUUUUCUGUAUCCGUAAAAUGCAGUUAUGUACCCCCUCAUCUACCUCACAGGGUUGAUGUUAACAUCAUAUAAAAUUCUGGGCCAGGUGUGGUAGCACAUGCCUGUAAUCCCAGCACUUUGGGGAUCAAAGCAGGUAAAGCACUUGAGGCCAGGAAUUCAAAACUAGUCUGGCCAACAUAGCGAAACCCUAUCUCUACUAAAAAUCUAAAAAAUUAGGAGUAUGGUAGCACAAUCCUGUAGUCCUAGCUACUUGGAAGGCUGAGGCAUGAGAAUCACUUGAACCCAGGAGAAGGAGGCUGCAGUGAGCCAAGAUUGUGCCACUGCACUCCAGCCUGGGCAACAGAGCGAGAGACUGUCUUCAAACAACAACAAACAAACACCCGAUGUUAAAAGUACUCUGAAAGUCACAAAUCACCAUCAGUGAAUACUAGGUAACUACAUUAUGCUAUAGAGAGAAAGCACGUGAGAGGGGUUCAGCAGAUGAGUCUGGAGCUCUCUGUUACAGUUGAGGUGUGCUAUAAAUAGGAUAUGUUUGUGUAAGGGUAUCUCCUGGUCUCAGUGUCUUCUGAAACGAUUAACAGGUAAAACCAGGGGAAGCAAAACACUGAGGCACUACGGUAGUAACUUUAAGAAUCACAUCAAAACAUUAAUUACCAAGUAUUUUAAGGGUGGACUAAACUGUAGUGUUGAGGGAUGUGUAUUUUGGUAAUAAAACUCAAAAAUAAUUAAGGUAGUGAUUACUUUCAAAGGCUGGACAGUGGACAGUUCUGAGGAGAAAGGGGUAUUAUUGGCACAGGGUGCAUGGAGGGCCUCUGAGAGGUUAACAAGGAAGUUUGCCUUAUAAUAAGCUACACAUUUGUUUUAUAUAGUUUUCUUUAUCUGUUUUAUUUUACGAUAAAACAAUAUUGCCAGUGCUUUCCCUUUUCUCCCCAACUUAUAAUUUCAUUUUACCACUUGUUGCAACUAAAAAAAGAGGAGAGCAAGCUCGGUCAUCUAUUUGUUAACAACUCUGAUCAACAAACCCAUCAGCUCUGGCCAAAACACUGUUGAUGUAGCAAACCUGCAUCAAGGGAGUUUGAUAAGAACAUCUCGUCUGUGGGGAAAGGAAUAAGGAGCUAUGCUAGUUCCAUUUGUAAAAAUGCAUUAACUGGUAGAAACAUCCUAAGAUUUUAAAAUAUAUUUACUCAUAACAAUCUUGAGGUAAAUUAGGCAAGCGAAAUCCCUUCCAAAUGGCUAAUUAGCAAACUCAAAGAAAAAAAGUAAUUUGUAAAUCAAGAACAGAAAUAAAACCAUAUAGAAUGAAAACGCUAUGCCCUUGCAGUAGCAUUUAAUCAUAUUUCCUCUAUUUAAUCUAUUUCUUCUAUUAAUUAGGAUUGGGAUGGAAUUUCUACCACAUACUGAACAACAUACCACAGUAUGUGCAACAGAAUUAUACUGCAGAUAAGUAAUUUGUUAAUUUCAGGAAAACUGUAUCUGUAAAUCUCCAUGAGUAGGAUUAGUAAUUUACCU